CCGGCGCACCGCCACCCGCCGCGAGCGGCACAAGGCCAUCCGCCGGCGCGAGACCACGCCGCCCUCCACGCUGCUGACGUCCCUGAACAUGGCGGAGAACACGCACCUCGCCAUGUCACACGAGGACACCACCAAGGGCGCCGUGCACUGCUUCCAGGACGAGUUCGGAAACUGGCUGACGUACACGUUUGAUGACAACAGUGCAGGUGUGGCUGUGCCGGCCAUCCAGGCCAUUCCUGAUCCACUGGUGGAAGUGCUGAAUGACCAAUGGGAGACCGGUUCUUCCAGCUCCUCCUCCACUGUCGUCAUCGACAACAAGUCCGAGUCCCACCUGCUGGAUAUUCCCGACAUCCCCGGGUCUGUUGCCAGGCAACAUAGGAACCGACACCUGCUGUACACAGACAGUAUCACAGAGAGAAAUCAGGACGAUGACAACAACUCGACUCCUGACUCCGAGGGUAUCAGGAACAUCAUCUGCAUGGAGGAGAAGCCCCCGCCCAAGAAGGUGAAGUACAACUACAGGUUCCCGCUCUUCCCCUGGAAAACCAUCAAAGUCACGUACGACAGGCUGGCACUGUUGGCACUUCUAGACAGAAACCGUACCAUACUAGAGAACAUCGCGGCUGUGUUCCUCUCCAUGUUAGUGGGAGUUUUCGGCUCCCUGCUGCUCACGGCUAACUUCUUCCAGGACUUCUUCAUUUUCCUCUUCUGUGUGAUCAUCGCUUCCUGCCAGUACUCAUUACUUAAGAGUGUACAGCCAGACUCAGCAUCCCCUGUCCAUGGCCACAACAGGAUCAUAGCGUUCAGCCGGCCGGUGUACUUCUGCCUGUGCUGCUCCCUGGUACUGCUGUUAGACUACACCAGUAAGCAGGCCAGCUUCAGCGUGUACCACCUGUAUGGGCUGCCUCUCACAGACCCCGGCCUGCUCAGGUUUGCCAGGGAUCUCGUCAUGGUUCUGCUGCUGUGUUUCCCGCUGGUGUUCGUGCUGGGUCUCCUGCCGCAGUGCAACACGUUUGCCAUGUACCUGCUCGAGCAGGUGGAGACGCACAUCUUCGGCGGCCACACGACCACCAGCCUCACCGCAGCCUUCUCCAGCGUCUGCAGGAGCCUCGUGUCUGUAGGCCUCGUCUACGGGUUCUGCUUCGGCGCUCUGAGGGACACGGUUCUGUCCUCCCAACAUGUGCUGUUCUCCGUGUUCUGUGGACUGCUUGUUGCCAUGGCAUAUCACCUGAGCAGAUGUACCUCCGACCUGUCCGUCCUCUGGCAGGUGUUGAGUCGCUGGCUGUUUGCGGAGGAGGAGAAGUCAGAUGAUGAUGAGAGGUCGGACGUGGUGGACCCGCUGCCGGAGAAGCUGCGCCAGUCCGUCGCCUCCCGCCUCAAGUCUGACGCCAUCGUCUGCUCCGUCAUCGCCAUGCUGGUGUUCGCCAUCCACGUCAGCACCGUGUUUACUGUGCUACAGCCCUCGGUGACAAACGUACUGCUGAUUGUAGCCGGUGCGGUGGGGGUGGUGACACACUACAUCAUGCCCCAGUUCAGGAAACAGCUGCCUUGGCUCUGCUUCGCACACCCGCUGCUCAAGACUCACGAGUACCACCAGUUUGAAGUGCGAGACUGUGCCCGUGUGAUGUGGUUUGAGAAGUUGUACGUGUGGCUGAGGUUUGUGGAGAGGAACGUCGUCUACCCGCUCCUGUUCCUCUCCACACUCACCAAGGACGCGCCCGUCCUCGUCAGGAACUUUGGGCCGUACCUGGGGUCGGCCGUGGUGAGCCUGUGUGGACUAAAGCUGCUGAGAGGGUCCUUCUCCAACACCCUCCACCAACACGUCAUCCUCAUCUUCACAUACUUCUUCUUCCACUACGACUUCCCACACGCCUCCGAAACCUUCCUCAUCGACUUCUACUGCAUGUCCAUUCUCUUCAGUAAGCUGUAUGACUUCCUGUUGAAGCUGAGGUUUGUGCUGACGUACAUCGCCCCCUGGCAGAUUACAUGGGGAAGUGCAUUCCACGCAUUCGCACAGCCUUUCUCUGUACCACAUUCCGCCAUGUUGUUUGUGCAAGCCGCGGUGUCUGCGUUCUUCCAGGCGCCGCUCAACCCUUUCCUCGGCAGUGCAAUAUUCAUCACCUCCUACGCCAGGCCAACCAAGUUCUGGGAGAGGGACUACAAUACAAAAAGAGUGGACCAUUCCAACACAAGACUUUCCACCCAUCUAGAGAGAAACCCAGGAUCAGACGACAACAACCUGAACUCCAUCUUCUACGAGCACCUGACGCGGUCGCUGCAGCACUCUCUCUGCGGAGACCUGAUCCUGGGGCGCUGGGGGAACGUGGCGGCCGGCGACUGCUUCGUGCUGGCGUCGGACUACCUGAACUGCCUGGUGCACGUCAUCGAGAUGGGCAACGGCCUCGCUACCUUCCAGAUGAGGGGACUCGAGUUCAGGGGUACGUACUGCCAGCAGAGAGAGGUGGAGGCCAUCACAGAGGGGGUGGAUGAGGAUGAAGGUUGUUGCUGCUGUGAGCCUGGGCACCUGCCCCACAUGCUGUCAGGGAACGCUGCCUUUAACCAGCGCUGGCUGGCCUGGGAAGUCACGGCUGUGAAGUAUGUCCUGGAGGGUUACUCCAUCUCAGACAACUCCGCAGCCUCCAUGCUGCAGGUCUUCGAUCUCAGGAAGAUCCUCAUCAGCUACUACAUCAAGAGCAUCAUCUACUACGUGGUUCGCUCCCCGAAGCUGGAGACGUGGGUGAACAACUCGGACAUACAGGAGGCGCUCAAGAUCUGCCUGGACAAAACGUACGCCGACGUGGACCCGACCUUCAACCACAACAUCGACGACGACUACGACCUCCGGCUGAAUGGGAUCUCUCGCCACUCCUUCUGCAACACGUAUCUGCUGUGGAUACAGCACUGUGCAGGCCGUCGUGAGCAGGCGGUGGACAGCAGCAGGGAGUCAGCGCUGGUCACGCUGUGCUUCGGGCUGUGUGUGCUGGGCAGGAGGGCGCUGGGCACAGCAUCGCACCACAUGUCAUCUAGCUUGGAGUCGUUCCUGUACGGCCUCCAUGCUCUUUUCAAGGGAGAUUUCCGCAUCACGUCCCCGAAGGACGAGUGGGUUUUCUGUGACAUGGAGAUGCUGAGGAGGUGUGUGGCACCCGGCGUCAGGAUGUCACUCAAACUACAUCAGGACCACUUCACGUCCCCAGAUGAGUAUGAUGACCACCGUGUCCUGUAUGACGCCAUCACGGCUCACGAGGAGAACCUGGUCAUCUCACACGAGGGAGAUCCCGCCUGGAGAAACGCCGUCCUCACAAACGUGCAGUCUCUACUCGCACUCAGGCAUGUACUUGAUGAUGGGUCUGACGAGUACAAGAUCAUCAUGCUGAACAAGAGAUACCUGAGCUUCAGAGUCAUCAAGGUAAACCGAGAGUGCGUGCGGGGCCUGUGGGCAGGCCAACAGCAGGAGCUGGUCUUCCUGCGCAACCGCAACCCCGAGCGCGGGUCCAUCCAGAACGCCAAGCAGGCGCUGCGAAACAUGAUCAACUCGUCGUGCGACCAGCCCAUCGGCUACCCCAUCUACGUGUCGCCCCUCACAACCUCCUACUCCAACACCAACGAGCAGCUCAACAGCAUCGUGGGCGGCGAGCUGAGUCUGGAGGCCAUCAAGUCAUCCAUCAUCAAAACAUGGAGAAGGUUACGGAAGACCUGUGGAGCAGGGUGUAACAGUGGGGGGACCGGUGUACAGGACAACAACGACAACACCAACUGUGGGCAGCAGCAGAACACAACGUCAGGCUCCACACCUGCACCACCAACUACAACCACAAGCACAGGUGGGCACUUCCACCGGCACAGUUCGGGCAGUUCUAACCGCGUGACCGCCGGCACGACGGAGAGCCAGGCGCCGCCCGCCAGCCGUCUGAGCGUGAGCUCCACCUCCGCCUCCACACUCACCAGCCCCGCCAACAAGCAGACGGCCACGCCCAUAGCAACUAUCACCGGCUUCAUCGGGGACCACGGCAGCAAGGAGGCCCUCAUGCAGAGGGUGCAGAUCAUCGACGUAGGCCAGGUGUACGACACGGUGAAUGUGGGCCGGCGGCUGCAGUGGCCGGAGGAGUCCAUGCGUCAGCGGGGGGGUAAGAGCGUGUGGCGGGACUGGAGCCCGCGGGAGGGCAUGGAGGGCACGGUCGUGCACCGCUGGCUGCCCUGCCACCGCGACGCCGCGCGCCGCUCGCACGUCGACAAACCCAUCCUGCUCGUCAGCAUCGAGGACAACUUUGUGCCGAUCGCCGAGUCCGGGGUGUUGGAUCUGGGCGCGGAGGUAUAGCCACGGGGAACUGGCCGUACUAAUCUCCAAGCAGAUCUUUCGGUGGCCACAAAGGACAGUAUUAAAUUGGCCAUGCAGUAUCCAUUGGCCACCCCAGAUCUGCACAGGGACUCAGGGAGGAGCACGUCUUUUCAAAAAUGGUGUUGCUGCCCCUCCUUGUACCCCUAUCAACAGCAAUUAAAGUUUUUACAAGUGGUUUAUAGCUUGAAUCUGGGACAAAUUUGAGUGGGAGUUCACGCACCUUACUGAACCAGAUAAUGCUGUAUUCUGGUGGCUAAUGGACACUCCUCUGGCCAAUGGAUACUACCUUGGCCACCGUAUGAUCUGCUUGGAGAUUAGACUGUGCCACAUCACAUCAGCUGCUGAGCAAUUCCACAACAUGUCAGGACUCUCACGGCACAAACUUCACAAUCAAGGAGGGAAAAUCAGUUACAAAUGUACGCCAUUUGUCACAGGUACAGAUCGCGACCCAUCGUGAAAGAAAUGGCAAACAUUUCCAACAACUGUGGAUUUCUACCACGUCCUCUUCAGAGAUCACAAGUGGAAUAGGUUCUUAUUGAUGCAUUUGAUGACUGGUGUACAUAUCAAGGACUAUCAGGCAAUUAUGUGAAAUAACCUAAAUAUGUUGUGUGUACAUGUAUGUUUCCAACAAGAAAUUGUUGCUCACUGUAGAGACAUUGAUAAUUUGUUAUAGAUUCAGAAAAUGAUCAGGUGUGUUAGACAAGAUUUCUUCAUGUAGAUUAGAACGAUUAGGUACAUUGAUGGGAACUGUGGCCUAUCCUGCUGGAUCAAUCAAGUCUAGACUAUACUAGUAAUUGUAAAGGCUGAGCACGUUGGCAGAAUAUACAUGUACUGCGCCUGUGCGAAACCCAGAUCUUUAACAGUUUUCACUGGAUUGCAAAUCUGUUUGGUCAAUGUUGCAUCAGAAUUUUGCUCAUUGCAGACUGUAUCUUUUCCGACACAGCAUUUCAAAACUAUAUGACGUAAUGUCAUCCUUAAAUAUAUGCGAAUAUGACCUUAAAAGAGAUGUUCUGCUGAAGUGACAUGCACAAUACAUUACACCUUUUGCACAGGCGCAGUACGUUCUGCUGAAAUGCUCAAAGGCUGAAACUGGCAGGGCUUCUUCAUUAUGUAAGGGUGUGCUCUAAACAAGUUAGGCACACACUAUUGUUACCUGUGAUCAAGCAACUGUAGGGGGUUCAUGAUAAGAGUAUACUGUACACAAGAAGUGAUGGAAUAAGUACAGGGAAGCUGUGGUCCAUGAUGGAGGUUUUCUACAGAAGACCUUCAUGAGACCAGAAGCCACCAGAUACAUGCGUGGGAUUUUCAUGGCUUUAGACAAGUGUCUUAUGGGGUUAAACUACAGGACAACCGAGAACUGUGAGUGUACUUGUAGUUGUAACAGGGUUGGAGUACUAAACACCAGAACAGCAUGGGGAAUAUCAUUACCAGUUAGGAAGAUGCAAACAUGUUAGAGAAUACCUGUUGCACUAUAAUUACAUUGAGAUGACGUCAUUGAGAAUGUAUGAGAGCACAAUACGCUGACACUGUGGUCAGCCUAGAGCCGAGCAGAGCAACGAACUAUGGUGAUUCCAGUAGGCUCUGCAGAAAUCUGUAGAAACUGUACAAAAAAUUAUAAUUUAUAAAUAUCUAUAUAUAUAUAGAUUUUGUUCUUUUGUAUGAUGUACAUAAAAGGCAGGACGUGUGAGUUCUGCAGACGUGUAUUGCUGUACAAAAAGGGCUGAGGCCCACUCAGUGGUGUACAGAUUCCCAGGGGUGGUGUGUUGCACGUUUUUGGCGACGCCUCAGGGCCGGAGCCAUCUAUUGCUAUCUUUGUAUCUUUGCCAUGUGAGCAGCACUCAAGGGCAGGCAGGCGAUAAUUAUGAUAUAUCUUUCUGCUUAGUGUAGCAGUAGUGUAACACGAUUGGAUUGCUCUUGGGUGGAGCGUGU